AUUGGCUUUCAGUGGGUUUGGAUUCUAUCGAGCCUCGAUUGGGGAAGAAAAAGGAAGGAAUCACUCGACCUCACCUCGCAGUCUUCUUUUCGCUUCCUCCUUCAAUCGGCGACGUCCAGCCGAGAACCGGAGCUCCGGCAACUCAACGUGUCUACGAGUUUGAGAUAAUGGGGUUUCUAGAGAAUUUAGAAUUCUAUCUCAAAAUGUCGAGAAAGGAGCUUCAACAAUUGUGCAAACAGAAUGAUCUUCCUGCAAAUAGGAGUCAUUCUCAAUUGGCUAAGUCCUUGGUUUCACACUUACAGAAAAGAAAUGCUGUUUUGGUAGCUUCACUGGAAAAAUCAGUUUAUUUCAUGGAUGGAUCUUCUAAGAAGCCAUUUGCAUCAGAGUCAAUCACUAAACAAACAAUCAAUUGUCCUGUUGAAUCAACCACAGGUGACAAGCGACUAUUAUGUCAGCUUGAUAGCGAGAAGGAAGUUACUGAGUCUCUAGUCAAUAUUACAAAUGAGAAGCCAGAAACUGUAACAAAAGUUUUUUGCCCAUUAUGGCCUGCAAAUAGUAAAGAGCAGAAAUAUAUCCAGGAUAUUGUUCCAUGUAGACAUGAUAGGCCUCAUGAAUACUCAAUGGAAAGUGGGUUUGUUUCUGGUGAUGAAAUUUUGACUAGAAUUCCUCCAUUUCAAUUCUUUGUGAUGUCAGAAGGUGGAAUAGAUUUAUUUGUUGACUUGAGUUCUAGCCCAUUGGAUUGGAUCAAUAGCCUAAAAGAUGAUGUGUGUGUUCAUCAAAAUGCAAAACUUCAUGAAUCAAUGGCUCCUUCCAAAGACAUCAGUAAUUUACCAGAAGCUGAUGAUCAUAUGAACAUUUCACCAUCUGUUAAUACUGGGCUAAACCUUAAUGACAUUGAAAUUGAGAGGAACAGUGGUUGUACCAAUUCAUCAUUGAGUUCUGUUGUUAGUGAGAACUGUAAUUCUGAGGCUUACCCACCAGAUACAACUGUGGCGACAUCUGGAUCUUCUGUUUUAAUAUCGGGCAGUGUCCCUGCUGGGUCAUCAGGACUUUUGGAGGAAAUCCAAGUAGUUUCGUCCUGUGCACCGUACACAGUCCAAAACCACAUGGCAUCACGCAUUGCAUCUUGCCCCCCUGAAGAGCAAGAAUCUGCUAUUGUUUCCUUUGCAAUGGCCAAGAGCAAUGCAUCACUAAGCAACAUGCCUCUUCAAUCAGCUGCUGACAUGGGCAAUGGGGUCAGUAAUCCUGUUGCAGUUGGUGACUGCACUCCUAAAACUGCAUCUGUUAAUUUUGUUGAUUGCGAAGUUGAAGCUCCAUAUAAUACAGAAUCUGAUGUUGCAGACAAAGAUAACCUUGCAUCAGCAAAAGAAAUGGCAGAUAAUAUAGACACAGAGAACUAUGUUCAUAAAAAUCAUGGGGGAGCAAGUGAGUCAUUUACAGAUUUUAUAAUUGAGCAGCCAGACAAUACAACUCACGGGAAGUUGUCAAAUUCGUGUCAGCAUAGUGGACAGAUGGUACUGGAUAGUUCAAUGGCUGAUGCACAAUCGGAAGUCGGGACAGUGGAUCUUCCUUUCUGUCAGCAAUCAUGUACUAAUUGUGAAACAUUGGUUCCUGAGGGAUCAAUAUCAACGUUUCAAGAUGAAUCGGGUCAUAGUACACCAAUGGAGGAAAAGGAUGCCUCAGAAUGCUCUAGAAUCCCUUCAACCUCAGCUGACACUAAGAGACCUAACAACUUAAAGAAUCCCAAGGAUCCCCAUGUUAAGAGGCAUCUUGUUUGUGACAAAAUCAUGAGUGUAGAGAUUGUCACAAAAUUAAGAAACAGCAGAAGUUCAGCAAAGAAAAUUCUGUCUGGUGCUAUAGUUCAGCCUAGGCGGUCCACAAGGCUUGCUUCUAAGUAACAAACUUCCACCUAAAACCCUGUACCUGUAUUUUGUUGGACAAAGCUGCUAUUCAUCUUUUGCUCUAAAGAACAUGAGAACAUGCUUUCCGUUUAAGAACCGAAGAAAACAACACUGACCGAUUGAUCCAGCACUUGCCCCUAUCAUCAAGGUGAUUUUAGGUCAGGAUGUUACCUUGUAUAGUUUAGAAAUAAAAUUCAGAUGCCAACAGGCUGCAGCAUUGUAAUCUGAAGUUUGUUGAGUCACAGCAUCUGAAAGUGAAUUUCCAUUUUUAACCUUUAAGACCCUGUCUCUUCGGAUGGCAAAAGGAACAACUCCUAUCAAGAUCAACUUUAUAUUCUUCCUUGUCCCAGAUUCUUCACAUGGCAAAAGACCCUGUUUCAAUUUGUUCAAUAUUCAUACAUAUGAAUCUAUAUUUCAGUGACAAUUAUUGGUUGUUUCAUUCUUGAUAGAUGAUUAUUGUAAAAGUUUCUGUAUUUGGAUAGAUCAUCAACCUGUCGGUAGAUUUUCAUUGCUUUGUUUGAGUUUGACUAAACUACGACUUUUCAUCUUCCUUUUGCCAUUAUUCUUCUUGGAUCUUUCUCUAACUGUGACUUUGAAGGACCUUGAAAGGGUAAGCAUACAAAAGAAAGUGGGCGGACUUUUCAAAAGCUUGGAUUAUCAGCGGGGUUGUAUUCGUCACCUUGGCAUGAAGAACUAAUAAUUGUUCUCUCUUUGGUGUUGGUUUUUUGUAGUUAGCCAUCACAUUAGCCAGAAGCAUCGUCCCACAUGGGAUUGAAGGGGAUGAAAGGAUGUGCGCAGGUCCCUGGCACCGAGUGGUUAUCGAUACGCUCGGUAAUGUAGAUUUGGAAGAAACUUCUUUACUGUAUCUUGCUAGUACUGGACAGACUAAUGGUGAAGGGAAGGUCAAUUGUCCCAGCGAAGGUCGCUAGGUAACAAAAAAAAAAAAAUUGUUAUCGAGUUUGAUAGAUGUAAGUUUGCCUUGUGUUAACUGAUAUUGGUACGUUGAACCUCAUUUUUAGCCA